ACGCUUCGCAGAACAGAACCGUUUCUUGUCAAAAAGCAAUAAAACGACGACAAACGUUUUGAAAAAUGCAAAUAAAAUUUGUUUUCCUGUCAUUUUUCUUAAUUAAUAAUGGCGAUCUACUCCGUCGUAAAUCAAAAUGGACAAUAAAAACUCAGACGGAAAAACGUUUUCCCAAAAAUGCUUCAAGCAACAAUGCACAAUGCGGAAAUAAAAGCAGAGAUUGUUUGGAAAACUAUAUUCACAAACAUUUAAUGCACAAAGAAAAACAUGUCAACAAAUAUAUAAACCGAGGUUUGAACAUCAGCGAUGAGAAAAAGUUUAUUCAAGAAGUUCUUAAGAAUAUGCUUGAUGACAAUGCUGAUACAUUUCGAGAAGUAAAUGAAGAUGAUAUACGUUUUUCAAAAUAUCUUAUCAACAAGCACAAAGAGAUGGCUUGGCUAAAAAAGCAUGGAAAAUUCUUUCAAAACCACCAUUCUCAAUAUCAUAAAAAGGAUUAUAGUUUGAGAAAUGCUUUAAAAAAAAAGAAGUUGGUUCUGAACAGAAAAGACCACAUAUUAGCCCAACAUAUCAUUGUUCCAACACUUUUUCUUUCAAAGAAAUCAUCUAUUGUUGAUCCACCAAAAAAUAUUGGAAAUCCAAAGAAUGAAAUUCUUAUAACAAAAAAGAGUAGAGAAAUUGAAAAUUUUGAAACUGGCAAACAUGAAAACCAUACUGAACUUGCAAACUCAAACAAUAUUACUGGACAAAAUCCUGUCCAAAAAGUUCCGAAACAAGUUUUUGAUUCUGACCUAGCUGCUCAUAACUCUAGUUUCAAUAAUUCUGAAGGAAAACCAUUUGGUCUGAUUGAUGUUUUGAAUAAAAAAGAAAAAAACAUUACUAUUCUUGACAUCGUUAAUGUUAAUUCAACAAGAAACUACAAUAAAAGUUCUUCAAAUGAAACAAAACAAAUAAAAGUACUUCAAAUGAAACAACCUCUUGAAAAAAUAACUGUGUUAUAUGCCAUAGGUGAUCAUAAGUCAAAUAUUAUGCAUGGCUCUACGUUAAAUCAAACGUUUCAUUCUAUAAACAUUAUAAAAGACAUUAACAGCAAUGAAGAGUAUGACGAUGAUGAAUAUGAUGAUGAUGACGAAAAUCACUUUAAUUCUUCAGUGGAGAGGUGUAAAAGAGGCCAAGUUGACCAAGGAUAUAAUCUUAACACUACUUGUCAUAAAACUACAGGCAAUACAACUACAUAUUUUAUAAAAGAUAUUUCCCUAACAAAUAAUAAUUUUUCCAAGAAUCUCAUAAAUAGUUCCUUCAAAGAGGUAAUUGUUGAUAAUACAGUUACUGGAAACAAAAAUGAGUCUGGUAUGAAUAACAAUGACCUUAAUGUAGCUCUCCACUUCGAUAGUGAGGUUGAUGCUCUUGCUGAAAAAAGAAACAAAUUGCUCAAGAAACUUAAAACAAAAGAAAAAGUUCAUAAAAAAAAAAAGAUCUUUAGUGCAAACAAUAUCACUAAACCUAUAAAAAAUAUUGAUUUAAUAAAAGAUUUACCACAAAACCUAUUAAACAUUGAUGAACAAAUUAUUGCUUUAGAAUCUGGCUGGGAUCUAGAAUAUGGUUCUAAUUCUACAAAAGACGAUGAGAAAUCAGAAGAUGAAAGUGGUGAAAACGAAAGUAUUUUUUAUUCAAAAGACUUCUACAAGGAGUUUGAUCAAGUUGUUCAAAACAAUACAGAUGAAAUUAAGGAUGACGUUCAAAACAAUGGUGAACCAAGAAAUUUACCCAACAAAAAAAAUAAAAAAAAAAUAUUAAAUAACAGUUUGAAAAUAAAUAGUAGUGAGGAAAAAGAAUUAACUGUUCAAACCUACAAACUAAACCAAAUUGAUAUCAACAGAAAAAGCUUGCAGAAAAAAAAAAAAAAAUCUUCAAAUAAAGAAAGUAAAAAAUCUUUUGAAAGUCUUGAUAGUGUAAAAAAUCUCAAAGUAAAUUGGAAUGAAUACGUCAAGGGCAAUCAGCAAAGUGUAGAUAGUCAGUUAGUCAAAAGUUAUGAAAAUUUUAAAAAUCAGAAUCCUCAGAGUAGCAAUUUGUUGAUGUCUCAAAAAAAUUCUCAUCCAGAAGAAUUAUAUCAUCCUAUAUCAGCAGUCAAUUAUUUGCCAAAUAGAUUCCAAGAACCUGUUAUUUCAUUUGGAGUGACUUCUUAUCCUACCCCAACUUAUGAGUAUCCAACAGUUAGUUAUUCACCCUCUAUUAGUACUUCCAAAAAGAUUCCACCUUGGGCGAUGGCAGUACCUGAGGGUAAAAUAAAAGCAUCUCGUGUUUGUAAACCUGGUCCAAUGAAACCUGCUGUUGGAGGAAAACCUAAUUGUUUAAUAAUUGGCGACUCUAUUGCACUGGGGUACAGCUAUUCUGUUGCCACUGCAUUAAAAAAUCUUUGUCAGGUGCAACUUACACCAUCAUCAAAAGCAGGAGUAGCUCUUGAUUCUGCUUAUGGUUUACAGUGUCUUGAUAUGUUUUUAGCAACAAGCGAUUUAACGCCAACCUAUUAUGAUGUUAUUAUAUUUAACUUUGGUUUGCAUGAUAUUGAUUAUCUAGAAAAAUAUCCUGAGGAACAUAGCAACAUAGAUCGUUACACUCAAAAUAUUAGAAAAAUUAAAGAAAAGCUUUUGGCUACAGGAGCCACCUUAGCGUUUGCACUUUCUACACCUGUUACAUUUAAUAAAAAGAAAGAUGAUCUUAUCAAGAUGUAUAACCACGCUGCAAAGUUAGUUAUGCAAGAAAAGCCAUAUGUGUUGACAGUCAAUCUUCAUAAGCUAGUUACAAAACAUUGUGGACAUGCUCCAUUUGAAAAUUGUUUUAUGAUGAAAAAACCCCAUGAUGUUCAUUACGGUGUCACUGGAGCGAUUAUUUUAGGAAAAAGAAUUGCUUUUGCAAUAAAAUAUUUGCUAGAUAAAAGGAAAAUUUCGAAUCGCGGAAAAAUGCCGGUGCCAAAGCAAAUUGUCGAUUUGUCAGUAAACGCUACUACCUGUCCUGUACUAGGUGAUCAAUGUCCUGCACGCACUACCUGCACCACUAAUAUUGUUUCAAGGUCUGGUAGCGCAUGCUGUCCUUUAAUGUAUGCUGUAGAUUGUGAAGAUUCUUGGCACUGUUGCCCAAAAGGCACUAUAUGUCACCCAGGAUGUUCUGAUCUUAAAUGUUCUUGUAUCAAAUAAGUAUAUUAUAUAUGUUUAUAUAUAUAU